GUGCCGUACUGCUUCCUUGGCACCCGCUGCGUAGCUCCAUCUUCGGCGCUUUGGUCUUCGAGACCUGGCUUGCGAUGCUCUAUGUCAUCCUGCGGAUGGCAGUGUCAAAGUUACACUGGAAGUUGAAGACGAAACCGCUUUGGCAGCACAAGGACGACUUGCUGCGGAUGGCAUACCUGAACGUUGGCCUUUUCUUCCUGGCUCGUGUACAUGGCCGCCUCUGGUUGCCCCAACCUGGAGGCAUGCGAGAAACCGUUCACUGGGGCUUCCUGAUCCUUGUCGCCCAUUUCACCUUCUUCUACACUGUGCUGUUUGAAAUGGUACGGCAUGUCAACUUGCACAUCUCCGGAGACGUUUUCCACAACCCGCAAGGCCUCGGCAUCUGCAUCGUGGCACUCGCUGUGAUUUUAGGCGUCCUCCUCGACCACUUUGCCUUGGCGUUCCAAACAGGUGUUGGCUGGGAGUAUGUCCCUCUGCUUGACGAGGAAUGA